AUGGCAUCACACCAUCUGACUGUCGCGAAGGCCACAUUCGCAGCUUCUCUUCUGCGACCUGAUGUGAUCAAGAUUGACCGCGAGGAGACGUGCAAGCAAUGGCUACUCGAGAAUAUAGUACCGUCUGCCUCGAGGACGAGCGCCUUUGUCAAAUAUGCUACUGCUCGGGUUAGACAUGCCAGUGCUCCCGAGGACUCGUCCUCGAAGACGUCCCAAUACAGGCAACGGUUGCACUGUCUUUACUUGCUGCACGACCUUCUACACCACGCGAAAUACCAUGCCCAUAAUCCGACUAUUCAAAGCAACCUUACUCAGGCUUGCCAGGCAUCAGCUGUCGAAAUCUUUCGCUUAGCAGCCUCCGAGAACAAGCCAAAGAUACGCGGCCGACUGCACAACUUGGUCAAUAUCUGGGAGGCAGACGAAUUCUUCGCUCCCGAUCUCCUCAACCAGAUCCGCAAAAGCAUCAGCGAUCCUUCUGCACACGUGUCCGAGAAUGAAGCUUCGACAGCGACGACGCUGGUCCCCAAGGAGAUCCCAUUCAUGAUGCCAGCAUCACAUGGAGAACCGGGACUACCCUUCCACGAGCUUCCGGCUGGUAAUCUUAUGCCGCAUAUCCAUCCGAACAAGACAAUACCUAUGCGACCUGAUGCAAUCCGUCCAUUACAAUUCUCGGCUGGUCCCGCCGAUGAAUCGCUUGUCAACGCUAUCAAGGACUUUCUCAAAGACGUUGACGGUAUAGAGGGUACCUUCCAGCAUUUUGACGACGAAGGUAUUGUUCCCGAUAUUGAUGACCUGGGUCAGCUCACGUACACCAAUGAGGCUGGCGAAGUUGUUGGGGACACCUACUACGGCUGGUCGCGGUCAUUCUGUGAGAAGAUGAAGGCUAGACGCAAUACAGCAUUCUACGGUGCAAGUGGAACGAAUCGAUCCAGGAGCUACAGUAGCAGCCGAAGCCGAAGCAGCUCGCCACGGAAACGACGCCGCUAUAGUGACUCGAGUCCGGAGCGGUCGUCAAGCAGGCGCUACAGUAAGCCUGCAUUUCAGAGACCAUCAUCACCAGAACACGCAGGUUUGGCUGUCAGUCAAGUUCGCUACUCGGCCACGGAUUCCCGCCCGGAAGGAAUCUACGGAGCUCAUCAACAACCUCAACAGGUUCCAGCCUCGAGCUCUUUCGACUCGCAAGCUUUUGCCUCAGCUACUCCUCGCAUGCCGUCUCUACCAGUGCCUCCCCUUGGUGCGGACGGUCUACCUCUGCCGCCUCCCAAACCUCCUAACUGGUCUGGGCCUUGGCCACCCCUCCCACCACCACCACCACCCCCUGCUCCAUCACAUUACCAGCCUCGAGGUGGCUUUCCUCCGUAUGAUGGUCGCUAG